AUGCUCUCCUCACCAAACCAACCCCAACCCUCCCAACACGACUCUCCCCAUCUCACGUCAUCCGAAAACGGCCAGAAUCCUUCCCCGGAACAGCUCCAGCGGGAAAGGAAGGUGAAAACCCUUCAAGCAUCCAUCGAUGAUCUCCAAUCCCAAACACAGCAACUCGAGGGGGAGAUUGCGGAGGUUAAAGCUAAGCUAAAGAAUGACCCUUCAAUCACGGUAAAGCGCCACAUCCGUCUUCUCCACGACUACAAUGAAAUCAAGGAUGUCGCCCAGGGAUUAAUGGGGUUGAUCGCCGAGGCGCGUGGAGUGAGACAGAUUGAGGUGCAAAGGGAGUUUGGGGCUGGUGAGAAGGAUUGA